CAAUGAGCUCAGUAGAUCUAGAAGCUCAGUUCGACGCUGAGUACUUCGCUGAACCAUCAGAGAAUAAGAAUCCGCAUGAGUCAUUAGAAGAGAUACGUUGCACUAUUGAUCAUCUGAUAGAUGAUUACAAACAUCAAGGAAUAAAUCUCACCGGUCAAUUGAUACAUGUUUCACACUAUUUGCCAUUCGUAUGCAUGCUCAAGCACACAGACGAUGAUGAAUUCAAAGAGGAAUCUGAGCCAGUCGCCUCCAAGCCGAUUCUCACUGAAGUCGAUCAAGUAGGAUUCGAAAGAAGGAGCGAGAACGCAGCAACUAGCGUACCACUUGGACCGUCUGGUUCUACUUCUGAACUACCAAGGAGGAGGAGAAUGUCUGCCGUAUCAGCUUAUUCAGAGACACAUCGGCCAAAGUGGACAUUAGCCCAAAGAAGAGGUCAUACAGCUAUGAAUGCAGGCAUAAGAAGUCUUGGUAGCCAAUUCCGUCAGACAUCCAUAGGCUGGCCGGGUGAUUUGAGAGUAGGAAACCAAAAUGGUGAACUCAUAGAAGCAUCAUCUCUCACAGAAGUGGACAAGAGAGCCUUAGAAGAGGAACUAGAAGUGCAACGUGAGAGUCAGGUUGACGAUAUGAGCUGGUUACCAGUUUGGUUGGAAGACAAGAUUGCCCAUAUGCAUUACGAAGGCUACUGCAAGACUACCUUAUGGCCAUUAUUUCAUUACUUGAUAUGGCAGGAAGUUUUCCCUGAACAAGAUGAAUCCGACGACGCGACUUACCAGGCUUACUUGGAAGUGAACUGGGCAUAUGCCAAGAAAGUCGCAGAAAUUUGGAAACCUGGUGAUUUGGUUUUGGUACAUGAUUACCACUUAUUAUUAGUUCCAAAACUAUUACGUUCACUUAUUAAUGAGGCUUACAUCGGUUUAUUCUUACAUUCACCAUUCCCAUCGUCAGAAAUCUUCAGAUGUUUACCACGUCGUAAAGAAAUUCUUGACGGUAUGCUCGGGUCUAAUCUCGUUUGUUUUCAAACAUACUCUUACUCAAGGCACUUUUUGUCAAGCUGUAUUAGAGUUUGUGGAUAUGAAUCAACGAGUUCUGGCGUUGAAGCAAACGGAUUCAAUACCGCUAUUUCCCACUGUCCUAUUGGAAUUGACGUAGAAAGAGUCUUACAAGAUAGAGACGCAGAUGGCGUUGAACCGAAGAUAAAUGCUCUUAGACAACUCUAUCAUGGUUGUAAAAUUAUUGUCGGAAGAGAUAAACUCGACGUUGUUAAGGGUGUUGUUCAAAAAUUACAAGCAUUUAGAAAAUUCCUCGAAGAAUUUCCGGAAUGGCGCAAUAAAGUUGUGUUGAUUCAAGUAACUUCACCAUCAAUCCACGAAGAUGCAAAAUUAGAAUCUGAUGUAGCAGAUUUAGUUUCACAUAUCAACAACGAAUUUGGUAGCUUGGGAUUCACGCCUGUACAUCAUUACCAUCAGAUGGUAGAACGUGAUGAGUAUUUCGCUUUACUAUCAGCUGCCGAUUUAGGGUUAAUUACUGCAACAAGAGAUGGAAUGAACACUACUUCACUAGAAUAUAUAAUGUGUCAAUCUAAGACUUAUCAAUCACCAUUGAUUUUAUCGGAAUUCACGGGUAUCGGUGGUAUUCUUAACCAAACUAUUAGAGUAAACCCAUGGGAUAUAUUUGGUACUGCCAGAGCAAUCAAUAAAUGUUUGAAAAUGUCUCAAGAGGAUAAAAGUAAAAGACAAACAGAACUAUUUAGAAGAGUGUCUUCACAUACCUCCAAAACAUGGGCUUUUACAUUAAUAAAAGAGUUACUGCGGAAUUUAGGAGUUGGUCAAACCGCUAGAGUAACGCCAUAUUUAGAUCAUAACUUAAUUAGUGGAAAAUAUAAAGAUGCUAACAAGAGGUUAUUGUUGUUUGAUUACGAUGGUACACUCACACCUAUUGUUAGCAGCCCGUCAGCUGCAGUUCCAGGUGCAAAACUUAAAGAAAUAUUACCAAGAAUCACUUCAGAUGAACGUAACAUCGUUUUUAUAGUCAGUGGACGUGAUGCCAACUUCCUUAGUGAACAUCUCGGACAUAUUCCAAAUAUUGGUCUGAGUGCAGAACACGGUUGUUUUAUCAAGGAGCCAAACAGCAAAGAUUGGUGGAACCUUACUGAUAACAUGGACAUGAGCUGGAUGGAUGAUGUAGAAGAUAUUUUCAAAUACUUCACCGAAAGAACAAUUGGAUCGCAUAUAGAGAGGAAAAAAGCUAGUAUUACUUGGCAUUACCGUAAUUGUGAUGCCGAAUUUGGUUCUUUCCAAUGCAAGCAAUGUCAAGACUUACUGGAGAGCAACGUUGUUAGCAAAAAGCCAGUUGAGGUAUUGGUCGGUAAAAAGAAUCUUGAAGUUCGUCCAUUAGCAGUCAACAAGGGUGAAAUAGUCAAGAGGGUACUCUACAACCAUUCUGAUUCUGAGUUCGUUAUGUGCGCAGGUGAUGAUAAGACAGAUGAGGAUAUGUUCAGAUCAUUAUCUGAUAUAUUUGUUUUAGCACCAGGUUCAACACCAUCACUUAAGCCAAUAAUGAAUGCGCCAGUUAGCGCUACCUUAAGUAAUGAAGAUACUGAAGAAACCCCAACUAAGGAAAUUAACGCUAACCCUGAUGAUAUCUUCACAAUCACUAUCGGUCCAGCAUCUAAACGAACACUGGCCGGAUGGCAUUUAACCACACCUGAGCAACUUAUCGAUGCACUCGAAGUUCUCUCAAACGAGUAAUUUAUAAUUUCUAUUUUUUAUUUGGUUUUUUUAUGAUAAUGCACGAACAGAACAAUCUUAAUUAUU